CUUAUGGUGCCCUCAGGAAAUGCCACAUUAUUUUUUACAAUGUUGAAUGUAUUAUUAAUUGGUGCUGUUAUGAAAGGGCUAUUUGAAUUGGAACCAGAGCUGGUCUUCCUUUUUCAGUACAACUCCUCUCAUUUUUCUAAAGUGCAGGAUUGCUUGAGCUCAGCUGAAUUCACAGAACAUAUCCGUAAAGUUAUGACAGUGAUUGAUGCUGCCGUCAGCAGUCUGGACUGCCUGUCUUCCCUAGAUGAAUAUCUGACCAGCCUUGGGAGAAAGCACAGAGCUGUAGGAGUGAAAUUGGAAUCCUUUAAUACGGUGGGGGAAUCCCUUCUCUUCGCUCUGGAGUCCUGUUUAGGAGAUGCUUUUACUUCUGAUACUCGAGAAGCCUGGAGCCUGCUGUAUGCGAAUGUGGUACAGUCCAUGAGCCGUGGUUGGCACAGAGAUUCCCAGGAACAGCGAGAGGGCAUCUAACAGACAAGUAAUAUAUAUUUUCACAGCGUGAAGAGUUCAUUCUUCAAACCCUUAAUGGCAGGACAGCCGCUGUGCAGCACUUUAAUAAUACCCCACAGUGCUCUGCACACAGACAUUCAUCUUUGCAGACAUCCAACUGCAGAGAUAAAACUAGGGACAUAAUGCUGGGAUUGUACAGAAACAUUACAGAUAUCUGAAGGCUGGAUAGAGUUUGGAAUUUUAGAAUACUCACUCAUUCAUCUACUGAAGUACAAAUGCUGAAGUAUACUGGAGCAGGUUGAGCUGUUACCCAUUUUAUGCUGUGCAAAUAUUCUGAGCACUGUGUUUCACUGUGUUUUUUCCACACUCUAUAGAUACAUAUAUAUAUGAUAUUCUGAAUAUUCUGUAUAAAACUGUGCAUUUACCUUUGUGUCCAAUACUUUUGAUUGUGUAGACUACGUGCAGUAAAUUAUACCUGUAAAUGAAUUCAUUCUAACUAUAAUCAUAGUAUUAUACUGCUAAAUGUGCUACCUAUGCCUAGCCCUCUCAACACUGUUUCUCUAGUCUUAUUUGUAUGUCUUAUCUAUGAUCUGAUAUUAAUAAAAUACAAAAAUCCAAGAGAAAAUAUCA